UUUGAGCACUCAUUGAAUGCAUUGACUGUUUGACAGACAUUGAGUCACAACUUAUUGAUCACAACAUCAACAGUCAAGAAGUGGACAUCAAUUAAGACAUCAUUUUGGACACCGAUUGUCAACAAACAACACUUCCAACCAUGACUUCAACACUUCAACGAAACAAAACUCAGUCAAAGACAUGUCAAUUACAACAACAACAACAACUGUUUCCAAUGACAGUGACUUCUGAACAAAUGUCACUCAAUUAUAUGAAACGUUUGACUGCAGUGGCCAUCAGUAAUAUCUUGUAUUUGCGUAAUGUAUUUACCGAAGACUGUUACGGACACCGAAAACUGGAUCAAUUGAAACUCAGGAUUCUUACUGAACGAUGCAAUACAGGGGCCGCCAAACAAAUGGUUCAAUGGGUUAAAGGCUGUUUCGAUGCAAUGGAGAAGAAAUACCUGAAACAACUGACAUUAGGACUCUUCACGAAUCCCGACGAUCCCGAAGAGCUCAUCGAAGCCUAUACUUUGCGAUACUCUUAUGACAAAUGCAAUCAAAUUAAUUGCAAUCUCUUGAUGACUAAAAAUCGAAACGAAAGGUCUCUAAUCAGCGAACAGUCAGAGAAUCAAGAGUUGCGACACUCGACGAUCCAAUUGUUGCGUUCACUUAUAAUUAUGGUUCAAAGUCUUGACAAAUUACCAGAAGAUUGUUACCUAACAAUGAAACUCUUGUAUUACGACGACAUUACUCCUAAAGACUACGAACCGCAGGGAUUUGUGGCUUCAGAGACGGAUUCGUUUUCAUUUUUUGGUAAACCUAUUAGUAUAAAUGCUGGUGAGGUGACCACUCCGUGGCACGCACUCAAACUCAAGAUAAGGACAAAUCAGGAACAGUUCCAAGAGUUCUCACAACUUAACUCACAGGACAAGGAUAUCAAUAAUAAUAGUCAAGAUUUGGGCGAUGAAUGUACUCCACUUGACAUUGAAAUUAUCAACAAUAAUGCUAUCGAUUCAUCACCAAUGAAAUCAAUUGGUUUGUUUGGUAAUAAAAACAAAGACUCAAAUCAAUUAUCAAAAUGUGUUAACAAAAAUGUCAAUGAAGUUAAACCUAAUGAAGACAUCUCAUCUCACAAGUCAUCGUAUGUGUCAAACAAUGAUAAUGUGAUUUCAAAGAUCAAAGAGUUGAGUGUUGAAGACGACUCAUCCAAACGCAAACUCGACUUCGAGGUAACACAGGAUUCAAUGUUCAACGCUGUGGCCAAAAGUUCAAAGAGAUUCAAAUCGAGUAAAACAGUUAGACAUUUGUCAUUAAAAAACUAAUUGUAAGUUAAUAUAUCGUAUUCGUGUAACACAUUUAACUAAUAUUAUAUAUAAACUAAUUUAUGACU